GUCUCUCCCGGAAGCAGUUCCUUCGCAUUAUAUCGUGAUCCGUCGAGAGGAGCAAUUGUUAGUGCAGUUUCGUGAUCUACGGUGGUAAAUUUGUGUGCCUUUCGACGGUCAGUGCCAACUGUCCGCUCCAUCAGUGGGGAACAACGGAAACCAAAUAAUAUGCAUAAAUUUGCGACUGGGCAAAUUUUUGCGGCAAUCUGCUGUAUGUCGUUACUGCCCCAGAUACUUUACCGGUCUGUGGCGGAUGCACAGCAUCAGCCGGGAGAUGAAACGUGCGAGACUCUACCCUCGGAGAUUCAUCUAAUCAAAGAGGAAUACGACGAACUGGGCCGGUUGUACCGAACCUGUAAUGGCGAUGUGACCGUGAAUAAGUGCGAAGGCAAAUGCAACAGUCAGGUCCAACCGUCGGUCAUUACUGCUACCGGAUUUCUGAAGGAGUGCUACUGCUGCCGGGAGUCUUUCCUGCGGGAACGUCAGCUUCAGCUCACCCAUUGCUACGAUCCGGAUGGCGUACGAAUGACCGAACACGAUGCUGCCACCAUGGAGAUUCGUUUGAAGGAACCGAUCGACUGCAAGUGCUACAAGUGUGGGGAUUAUGUUCGUUAGAGUUGCGGUGUGGUUCUACUAUGCGAAGGGGUAUACAUUCGACAUGUGCAAUACUCAAGUGCACUGCCAAUGGGAGAUUGUUGAACUAUGGAUACAAUAGGAGGCGGCCCUUUUCAAGACUAGGUGAUUGUCGUGAUCAGUGCCCGAGAUCGUUAUGUGCCACUCAUUUGAUUUUAGUUUAGUCUUAGUGCCCUCAAAUAUGUCCAAAUCGGUUCUGAUUAGUAAUAAACAAAAUGCUGCGAUAUUUUUUAUUU